CUACUAUUUUGGCUAGCGCUAAUUGCCAAAUACAAAGUAUCGAGGAUAUUGAUUGGUUGAACUAGUUCAAUUAUACACGUUUUGACAGCGGAGGGGAAACCUAGAAGAUGGGUCGGCCAGAUGAGCCAACAUCCAAGUCCGGUGUCAAUUAGUCUCACACCCCCAAACGCAUCUAUAAGCGCCGAACAGUUUGCGAGGGACGCCCUACGCAAGUUCUCCCGGCUGCUCACAUCAGCCCAUACUUUAGAGUACUUAUCUUGAUGGCUCCUCAUCCUCCCAUAUACUCAACAUGGAGCGCAUCGCCUACUUUCAUUCAGCGCACACCGAACCUAUCAUGAGCACUUCUGCCUUGUGGCCGUCAGGUCAUCCCAACGUACUGCGGAGAGGCUCCCAGUCAAGUAGCCGAUCCGAAGAGAUGCGUACUCUCAAACACCCUCAGACCUCAAGCUUUAAUCGUCUCCCCACCGAACUUAUCUUGAAAAUCUGCGGACACAUUUCUGCGCACGAUCUCUGGCACAACAUACGUCCCACGUCCCGCCUCCUAGCUAUCUGCGCUAGAGAAGUACUGCCACGAAAGGUCUUCUCCGAGAGUAAGAUCCACAUCUCCUGGUGCUGUUUCUGGUGCAGUCUAGGCCGCCACUGUCUACAUACAGCAUGUAACCCCAUCACAUGGCUCUUUCCUGACGCCAAGAACGUACGCGUCGCCUUGAUAAGCGACCGUGCGACAAUCGCCAAGGUCAUUUUUGGAGAUUUGUGCAAUUUGGUCACUAGUUAUGAGCCGAAGAUUCGUAUUCGCCUGGGUGAGGAAGCACAAGGCGUUAGGUGUAGGAGCAAAGCGAUUCGACCACGCAUACAACCACAUACAGCAGAUUCGGCCUCGAAUUUGCAAUCACGCCAAGAAGAAUUUGUGAUGUGGUACUUUGCAACACAAAGACGGCAAAGGGCGAGGAGUCGAAUACUUAGGUGUCUUGGGUUCGCUGCUCAUCUACUCCGUUUCUUCACAACAAGCGCUGUACUCCUGAGUGUUGGCCUGACACUCACACUCGUUGUCUACGUUAUCCUGGAAAUAUGCAAGUUAGGAAUGAGCUGUUACAGAAGCGGAAGGAAUUUCAUGCGUUUCUGCAUGGGGAAAUUUCCGCUAAGACAGUAGAAAAGGAAGGACAGUCAUGAGGAACAGAAAUGCCAUGGGAAACAUGAUGCAUUUUUUCAUUCUUCCGCUCCGCGGACAUUUGGCAGCGAAACGGAUCGCCCGGUCAUCAUCAGCCGCAAAAGCAACGUGUGAAGCUUGGUCUUUUUAUCCGGAAUAUGAAGAACAAUCGACAGAGAGAUCAGUGCUUCAUUAAUAUUCUGGCCAGCGAAAUGCGGGCUCUCUCAACAGACGUGCACAUACAUAUGCAUUUCUAACAGAUAACUAGAGCGCAUUUACCCCUCAAUCUACUGGCAAGAGCGAUUUACCCAACAACGCUCGUGCAGAAUGCAUGGGACAGUCUCGUUCGGAAACCUGCAGUUUGCUCCACAGUUUGCAUACCGAACCAAGUGGUUCAUGAUGGUG